AUGGCGGCGACUCUGGGCCCCUCUGGGUGGUGGUGGCGGCGGUGCCGGUGGCGGUGGCGUCUGUCUGCUUGGGAUGGGUCCAGGGUGUUGCUCCUUCUCCUUUUGUUGGGGUCUGGGCAGUCGUUCGAGUACUUGAAGCGGGAACACUCGCUGUCGAAGCCCUACCAGGGUGUGGGCACUAGCAGUUCCUCAUUGUGGAAUCUGAUGGGCAACGCCAUGGUGAUGACGCAAUAUGUCCGCCUUACUCCAGAUAUGCAGAGUAAACAGGGUGCUCUCUGGAACCGGGUGCCUUGUUUCCUGAGAGACUGGGAGUUGCAGGUGCACUUCAAAAUCCAUGGACAAGGGAAGAAGAAUCUACAUGGGGAUGGCUUGGCAAUCUGGUACACAAAGGAUCGGAUGCAGCCAGGGCCUGUGUUUGGAAACAUGGACAAAUUUGUGGGGCUGGGAGUAUUUGUAGACACCUACCCCAAUGAGGAGAAGCAGCAAGAGCGGGUGUUCCCCUACAUCUCAGCCAUGGUGAACAAUGGCUCCCUCAACUAUGAUCAUGAGCGGGAUGGGCGGCCAACAGAGCUGGGGGGCUGUACGGCCAUUGUCCGCAAUCUCCAGCAUGACACUUUCCUUGUGAUUCGCUAUGUCAAGAGGCAUUUGACGAUAAUGUUGGACAUUGAUGGCAAGCAUGAGUGGAGGGACUGCAUUGAGGUGCCCGGGGUCCGCCUGCCCCGGGGCUACUACUUUGGCACCUCCUCCGUCACCGGGGAUCUCUCAGACAACCAUGACAUCAUUUCCAUGAAGCUAUUUGAGCUGACAGUGGAGAGAACCCCAGAAGAGGAGAAGCUGCAUCGAGACGUGUUCUUGCCCUCGGUGGACAACAUGAAGCUGCCUGAGCAUUGA